UGCGGAUGAUUCCAAUAAAAAUUUGGGCGGCCGACGUGGAUGUAUCCAUAGGUUACCGGGCUCCUCGAGCCGCCUCCAAUACUCUCGGAAUUUUCAGUUAUUCGGCAGAAUACACUCUUUGUACUCUCCCUAUCAGCAACAUGACUUCUCAAUCGGUAAUGUUCAAAGGUGGAUUACCAGCGGACUGUACUUGUCCAAUAUGUGAGCAAGCACUUCGCGAUCCGAUCAAGCUGAACUGUGAUCAUCACUAUUGCCGUCAAUGCUUUGAGAAUGAAAAUCGAACUCCAGGAUGCGCGGCAUGCCAAACGAUCAUCCAACCGGAGCUGUGUCAACAUGAUCGGGCAAAGCAGAAGCAAAUUUUGGCUCUUCCAGUCGUUUGCACUUUUGAGUCUUCGGGUUGUCCCUGGGACGGACAACUUGGAACACUUCAUGAUCAUUUAUCGGAGUGUACAUUCAAAUCAUCGUUGAAAUGCGAAAAGUGUGGACGACAAUUCGCAAAGAACGAUUUGGAGAAACAUCGAGCGAAGUGUGAACUGAAUCGAGCUGUCUGCUCAUUUUGUAACAAGACCAUCCGAGAUAGUGACCGUGAGAGGCAUCCAAAGACCUGUCCUCAAGUUAUCAUCAGCUGCCCAUUCCAGUGCGGUCUCACCGACCGCCCACGUCUCGAGAUCGAAGCUCAUUGUCCCAGCUGUCCAAAUGUUGACAACGUGUGCCCAUUUGUACCAUAUGGAUGCACGUUUGCAGGAGGAAAAGAGUCAAUUCAACAACAUCUGAGCGACGAACCAGUUCGACAUUUGAUGUACCUCUGUGACGAAAUUACGGAUUUGAAGGGAACCUAUGAGUUGAUGGAGAGGGAUAUGGGAUCCUUCAAUGAUCGUCAGACCAGGAUUUUAUCAGCUGCUGAGACAUGCACCGAGAUGUUCGGUCCUCAACUGAUAUGGAAAAUCGAUAAGCUUCAACAAAGAACUAAUGAGGCGAAGUCCGGAGCCGACACGACCAUUUUCUCGGUGCCCUUCAUGUCUCAUCGAUUUGGUUAUAAGAUGAUGGCUUGUGCAUGUCUUUUCGGUGAUGGAUCAAGCGCUGGAAAGUCAAUCUCCUUGUACGUGUUGUUGCUCAAAGGAGAGUUCGAUCCAACACUCGAAUGGCCAUUUCAUCGAGCAAUCAAGAUAUCUCUGUUGGAUCAGAACCCGCGUCCCGAAGAUCGUGUAAACAUCACUUAUGUCAUUGAUCCUCGAAAACUGAAAGCCAAUGAGAAGUUCUUGGCUCGUCCACGUGGUGAACGUAAUGCUGCUUUUGGAUCUCAGUCCUUCUGCUCAUUGGCUAUAUUGCAGAAUUAUGUGAAGGACGACAAAAUCUACGUUCAAAUCGACGUGGAUCGCUGUGAGACCCUUCCAGUUCAGCUUAAGAGUCGUGAUGCAAAAGAACGAAAGCAAAUGCUCGAUGCAAUGCGUGCAAAGACUCCAGAUGUUCGCCUUCAUCAAGUUCGUCCAGUCACCAGUCAAUCCAGCUCUGCGGAGCUCAGAGUUUGAAUCAUUCAUUCAAACAUUUGUUAAUAAAAAAUUCUUCUCGGAAA